AUGCGCCUUAAAAAUGACAACUUAACUCUUAAAGACAACUUAACCAGCAGCACAGAAUUAUUGAUUAAGAACUCAUUGAAUUAUAUCCAGGAAUAUAGGUGUUACUAUAUUAAAGAACUCAAAGUAGGAAAAGCAGUACUAGGAUACAACCCCCGAAAUGACAGAAUGAUCUCGAUUCGAAUCCAAGGCGAACCAUUCAACAUCACAGUAAUCCAAGUGUAUGCCCCAACCACUGGUGCUGAAGAGGAUGAAGUUGACCAGUUAUAUGAAGCCCUACAACAACUUCUAGAAGUAACACCAAAAAAUGUCAUGGGGGAUUGGAACGCUAAAGUAGGAAGCCAAAAGAUAACUGGAAUAACAGGCAAGUUUGGCCUUGGAGUACAAAAUGAAGCAGGACAGAGGCUGGUAGAAUUCUGCCAAGAGAAUACAAUGGUCAUAGCAAACACGCUUUUCCAACAACCCAAGAGACGACUCUACACAUGGACAACACCAGACGGUCAACACAGGAAUCAGAUUGACUAUGUACUCUGCAGCCAAAGAUGGAGAAGCUCUAUACAGGCUGUAAAAACUAGACCAGGAGCUGACUGUGGCUCAGACCAUGAGCUUCUCGUUGCAAAAUUUAGGCUUAAAUUGAAGAAAGUAGGGAAAAGCACUAGGCCAGUCAGGUAUGAACUAAACCAUAUCCCUAAUGAAUAUACAGUAGAAGUGACAAAUAGAUUUAAGGAACUAGAUUUGAUAGACAGAGUACCUGAGGAAUUAUGGACAGAGAUUCGCAACAUUGUACAAGAGGUAGCAUCUAAAACCAUCCCAAAGAAAAGGAAGUGCAAGAAAGCAAAAUGGCUAUCUGAGGAAGCUCUACAAAUAGUGGAAGAAAGAUGGGAAGCAAAAGAGAAAGCUAGAAGAGAUAAGAAUGCCUUCUUAAAUGAACAGUGCAAACAAAUAGAAGAAAACAAUAGAAUAGGGAGGACCAGAGAUCUCUUCAAAAAUAUUGGAGAUAUUAAGGGAACGUUUCAUGCGAAGAUGGGCAUGAUAAAGAACCAAAAUGGCAGGGACCUAACAGAGGCAGAAGACAUAAAGAAGAGGUGGCAAAACUAUACAGAAGGACUAUACAAGAACAAGCUUAAUAUCUCUGAUAACCUCAAUGUGGAGCUCACUGACCUGGAGCCAGACAUCCUGGAAUGUGAAGUCAAAUGGGCCUUAGGAAGUCUAAGCAACAACAAAGCUAGUGGAGGUGACAGUAUUCCAGCUGAACUAUUCAAAAUCGUAAAAGACGAUGCAGUAAAAGUGCUUCACUCAAUAUGCCAGCAAAUUUGGAAAACGCAGCAGUGGCCACAGGAUUUGAAAAGGUCAGUUUACAUUCCAAUUCCAAAGAAGGGCAAUGCCAAAGAAUGUUCAAACUACCGCACCAUUGCACUUAUCUCACAUGCUAGCAAAGUUAUGCUGAAAAUCCUACAAGCUAGGCUCCAACAGUAUGUAGACCGAGAACUGCCAGAAGUGCAGGCAGGAUUUCGAAGAGGCAGAGGAACCAGAGAUCAAAUUGCCAACAUACGCUGGAUCAUGGAAAAAGCUAGGGAGUUCCAGAAAAACAUCUACUUCUGCUUCAUUGACUAUGCUAAAGCUUUUGAAACCAUAACAAACUGUGGCAAGUUCUUAAAGAGAUGA